CACGUGCAGAGAUUACGACGCAACAAAAACAAAUUUAAAGGGAAAGCAUCAAAAUUUAAAGUGCUUCAAGAAAGAAGUGCGAGUGCGUGGCGUUAUAACAAUUAAGACUAAAUGACGACGUUGCCUCUAAAAACUACAGUUCUGACAAAUUUUGUUGUUGUGCGAACUUUUUAUUUUGACAUUUCAAUGGCAUUGAAUAAAAUCAGAGAGAGGAGUGUUAUUUUCGCGAAUAUCCCCCGAUUUUCGUUGUGACAGUUUGAUAAAAGAUAUAGGAAGAGACAGUAACCUUGAUUACAUUUCAAGAUGCUGCCUACCAAGUUCCUUAUGACAUGUUUGAUGACUCCAACUUAUGGUGUGAAGAUUGUGAGCAUAGUAAUACUGGUGAAUGUAAUCAACACGGACCACUUAUUAUUAUUCCUGACUCAUCCAUUAUUAGCAGAGCAAGACAGUCAUUGCCAUCAGCAUUAGAGCUUAGGAGGAAUCGUGAUACAAAGCACGGUAUAUCUGUUUUUACACGUGAAAAUAUAAAACGUCGCACAAGAUUUGGACCCCUGCAGGCACCAAGAAAAUCCAGAAAUCCAAUCCGAGACAGAAGAACACUACCUUUCAAAUUGUUUCUUGCAGGCAGAGACCCUCAGUGGUUUGAUACAGAAUCCGGAAAUGAAGGCCAAUGUAACUGGAUGAUCUUUGUUGCUGUUGCAAGAUCAGCUAAAGAACAAAAUUUAGCAGCAUUUCAAUACCAAUCUGGUAUUUAUUUUGUGACCACAAAGGAUAUCACUGCUGGGGAGGAGUUACAUGUGUGGUAUGCCAAGGAAUAUGCCGCCUGCAUGGGAACUUCACCUCUACACAAAACAGAAGACCACACCAAUGGGAGAACGCAGCCCCGCAGAGCUCCUCCACUGCGGCCCCGGCCCCCAGCCAGGGGUGCUCCACCAGCCACUUGUCGGAGGUGCCAUCGGCGACUGGUGGGCACACGCCAGGUGUGCAACCGUUGCGCCACCCUGACCAAGGCUCUGGCGACGGGUGGUCGUUCCAGCACUAGGCGCGGGCUCCCGACUCCCGCCGUCAUGUCUUCCCGAGAUGAUAGUAGCGAUGGCGCAGUUCCAGGUACCUCUCUCUCCACAGUACAUCGAGGAGAUGAAGUGUUGCAAGAAGAGCACCGUCCAGUUGCUGAGGCACAAAUUAAUAUCCCUCUUAGUACUACCACAGAAAUGUCUACACCUAGCACAUCACGACAUACUCUUAGAAGCGGCGACACAGCCAUGGAAGCAGGUGGUAGUAUUUUGGAGGGACAACGUUUGAUGAGAACUAGCAGCAGUUCUAGGAAGUCUUCGGGAAGAAGUAAGAAGGAUGCAAAGAAUGAAGAGAAUCUUCAGAGAGCAGCAUCUAGUCGUAGUGGUGGAAGUGAAGGUAGCGGAAGUGCUGCAGCCAGUGGUGGAGGCCUUGUCGGUGGUGGCAAUGGCAGUAGUGAAAGUGGUGGCACCUCAUCUGCAGAAAGAAAAAGGUCUAGGACGGGGCCAUCACCUGGUCGACAUGUGUGCCAUGUAUGUUUGAAAGCAUUUGGCAGCCCAGGUAAACUGAGCCAGCAUAUGUAUUCUCACACUGGAGAGAGACCAUUUGAAUGCUCACAGUGUAAAAAGGCAUUUUCUUCAAAGUUUAAGCUUGUGCGACAUGUUCUUAUACAUUCUGAUGAGAGAAGGUAUAGGUGUACAGUAUGUGAAAGAACUUUCCAUCGCAAAGAUCAUCUGAAGAACCAUGUGAAAGUUCAUAGCCCAGUGAAGAAAACUUUCAGAUGUGAAAGAGAGGGUUGUGGGAAAGAAUAUAGUUCAUUUCUCAGUUUCCGGAAGCAUGUUGCUGUGCAUGCAGCUGAAGAAGGAAAUUUGGAAUGCAAAAUGUGUGGAAAAGUGUUUGCCAACAAAGAAGAAAUUGUUUACCAUCUUAAAGUGCAUGCUGGAUCAAGAACUGUCAAAAACCCUUCAGAUAAAAAGUAUCGUUGUGACCAUUGUGACCGUAAAUUCUUCACUCGUAAGGAUGUCCGUAGACAUUUAGUAGUCCACACUGGGAAGAGAGAUUUUUUGUGCCAGUUCUGUCCCCAGAGAUUCGGCCGGAAGGAUCAUCUGGUACGUCAUAUCAAAAAGAGUCACCAUGGUGCAGCAGCAGGCCCCGUGACGAGGGGCAGGGGUAAAAGAGUUCGCGCUGCUGCUGCCGCUGCUGCUGAGAUAUCUCGAAAAUCAUCUGUUGUAAGCCCUAGACCCUCGACAUCAAAAGCCACUGUAUCUACAAGUUUAGAGUUUGAAGGAGAGUCUUCUACAAUACCUGGUCCAUCUUCAUCUUUUUGUGAUGUAGAAGAGACAAAGGAUAUACUGAUGUUGGAGGAAGAUGUGGAAGAUGAUCCACUAAAAACACCAUCUAUUGAGGAAAUUCUCCAGCAUUCGCCUUCAAGGAGCAGUUCAAUUCUGCUGAAAUCAGAAACGACAUCUAUGGCAUCAGGUGAGAGAUCUGCGGUGACAGUGCACCACAGACCACAAGUAUCAGAAGAUUCCCGUACUACUGAACUAUUGACAGAAUUGGUUUAUGGUCACCAACAUCCAGUCCCUCCACCACCUCCAUACCCACCAUCAUCUCAGUUUAAGUCAUUUGAACAUGGAAGUGGUGUAAAAAUGGAGUAUCCUUCACCAAGUUCUCUCUCACAAUCAGAGGGGACGAUGGAUUUCUCGCCAUAUCUCAGCCUAAUACCAUCGACAUCAGCUUCAUUAUCUGAAGACAUAGUAGAUGAAAGUACUGGUGGUGUGCAAGAAGAACUGCAUCGAUUGCUCUCUGUAGGUGAAUCAGGCUCAGAGGGCCUCCUUGUCCCUGACCCAAAUAUUUCUUCCCAAUUUUUACAUCUAAUGGAAUCUGCAGCAACAUCUCUGGACAUAACAGGAGCAUCUGGGUCUGCCAGCACUUCCUCUGAAAUGAUGGCAUCACUCCUUGAAUCAUCAGAGGAUGUUUCAAACAAACCUGUACCACUACCUCGCUUCAACCAAGCUUUCCAGCAGCAACAACAACAGCAGCAGCAGCAACAGCAGCCCCAGCCACAGCAGCAACCGCAGCAGCAGCAAUCCCAACUACAGCAACAGCAGUCACCUACAGCACCCCAACAGCAGCAGCAGCAGCAACAACAACAACAAUAGCAGGGAUGGCAUCAUCCACUGUCUCUACUGCCACCAUCAUUAUCUUUGUUUGUGACACUGUUGUU